AAAAUCAAUUAGAAAAAUAUAAACGCCUUGAAAAAUGGCUCGAAAUCAGAGCUUAUUUAUUUUAUUCAUAUUAAUAAAUACUUAUGUUAUUUGUUUAAAUGCUCUCGAUCAAGUGGAUCCAGGUGUGGUGCUGAAAAACGUCGACAGAACAAUCGAUCUUCAGUCACAAGUAACAAAGAUUACAACCAAAUUAGUGAUAGAAAAUGGAGCAAAAACUCAUUUGAAGCAUUUCUUUUUUGCUAUUGAAGCAGAUAAGAAACCUAACCUCGCUUACAUUGAUGCUCACACUCGUGAUGCCAGUAAAACUGUUCUACAAAUAUCAGAGACAAAACUAGAAGGAUAUCCAGAAAAAGUUUAUUGUAUUGAACUUAAAGAUUCUGUUCAGCCAGGAAGAUCAACUUCAGUUGAAGUAGAAACAUUUUAUACUCACGAAUUAGAUCCAUAUCCCAAAGAAAUACCUCAGAAAGAGAAACAGUUAGUAAAAUAUACCGGAAAUGUUGUUCUUUUUUCACCAUACACUGUGUUGAAGCAGACAACUAAUGUUAUUUUACCUUCUAAAAACAUUGAAAGUUUCACGAAGAUUAAACCAGUCUCUUCCAAUGAGCAUACAGUAGUUUAUGGACCAUUUGAUAAACGUGUACCAUUCACUUACGAAGAAAUUACUGUUCAUUUUGAGAAUAACAAUAAAUUUCUCACUGUCACUAGGUUAGAACGAGUGAUAGAAAUCUCACAUUGGGGAAAUAUUGCAGUAGAAGAAACCAUUGAUCUUCUACAUACUGGAGCUUUACUCAAAGGAUCAUUUUCUCGAUAUGAAUAUACGAGAGAGUCAAAAUCUGGCCAAUCUAGUAUCCAGAGUUUUGACACAGUUCUUCCAGCAGCUGCAUCUGACAUUUAUUAUCGAGAUGAUAUUGGUAAUAUUUCAACUUCUCAUACUAGAAUCAAGAAAGACUCUGUAGAGGUUAAUUUAAGACCACGAUUUCCACUGUUUGGAGGCUGGAAAACCCACUAUAUUCUUGGAUACAAUGUUCCUAGCUACGAAUACUUGUUUCAUAAUGGAGAUGAAUAUGUUCUUCGUAUGCGAUUACUAGAUCAUGUAUUCGACGAUAUGGUUGUUGAUGAAUUAAUCGUCAAAAUAAUUUUACCCGAAGGAUCGAAAAAUUUUCAACUAGAACUUCCAUAUCCAGCAACUCGUCUACCUGACUCUUGGCAUUAUUCUUACCUUGACACAACUGGACGUCCUGUUAUUUCAAUCACAAAAAAGAAUUUAGUUGAGAAUCACAUCCAGAACUUCAGUUUGAAAUAUACUUUCCCAAGAUUACUAAUGCUUCAAGAGCCACUUCUUGUUGUUGUAGCUCUUUAUCUUCUCUUCCUUCUGGUAAUUGUCUACGUCCGUUUAGACUUUUCUAUUGAUAAAGACGAGGUUUCUGAAGGAAAAUUACGCAUCGCUGGACAAUGUGAAAAGAUCUUGGCAGCUCAAGAUAAAAGAGUCACUUCUUAUAAUGAGUUAGAUGAACAAUUAGUUUAUUUAAAAGCUAAUAAAGAUACUAAUGCUUUUCUCUCUGCUAUGAAAAGUAUCAAUCAAGAGUACAAAAAUGCUACGAAUAAUAUUACCGAACUUGCUCAAAAACUCAAAGGAGAUUCUAAUGAUGUUUAUGAGCGUGUACAAGAACUUCAAAAAUAUGAUAAACAGCUUAAAGAACUUUACAAUCAACAACAAGCUUUGUAUGUUGAUAAACUUGUUCCAGGAAAAAUUAGUCGUACGCAGUUCGUUGAAACAGAAUCAGUAAUAACGAAGAAAAAAGAAGAAUGUGUUGAAAAAAUUAAUUCAAUUAUUAAAUCUCUUCAGUAAUAAAUGAAUAAUAAUUAAUGGUCACUUAGUGAGAACAUCGAAUAUUGAUGGCAUCUUAGCCUUUAAAAAAAAAGUAAAGAGACUUCGAAACUUAUUUUUAAGAUUCAUAUAAAUAAAUACAUUUCACAAUAUUAUCAUUUAAACAUGUUUGUAAUAAAGAAGUUAUGUACUUUC